GUCUGUCUCGGUUUUACUCGGUGGUGAAGAAUCAGAAUUAACAUUUGUAGACAUUCCAAGUUCCGAAAUGUCGCCUGAGAAUUGCUUAACGUCAUAUGAAGUUCAUGCAUAUUGUGUCGUGUAUUCAACUUCUGAUCGUGAAAGUUUCCUGGUAGCCGAGGAAAGUUUACAGGCACUUUGGACAGCUGGAAGUAUGGCAUCCAGAGCUGUGAUUUUAGUUGCAAAUAAAGCAGAUUUAGCACGAUGCAGAGUUGUCUCCACUGAAGAGGGAAAGGCCAUGGCUACAGCUUACGAUUGCAAAUUCAUUGAGACUUCAGUCGGCAUCAAUCACAAUGUGGACGAACUUCUGGUGGGGCUAUUGUCACAGAUCAGACUUAAAUUAGAAAACCCAGAAAAAUCACGUGACCUGUUCCGUAAACGGAGUACUCGCAAAACAAAGCACAGACGAGCUUCUCCCGUCACAAACGGUCUCAGCCCGCCAGUGUCGCCGUUGCAGAGAAGCGGCCCUCCAACGGCCCCAUCCUCACCCAGGAAAUACCGCGGGUCCCGGACCUCUGCUUCGCUUAGGGUCAAAGGGCUCCUGGGCAGAGUUUGGGCGAGAGAUUCCAAGUCGAAAUCGUGCGAAAACCUUCAUGUUUUGUAAGUGGUUUAU